CUAACCUCAUUAUUAUUAUUAUUUAUUUACCUUCCUUAUAUUCAAAAUCAAAUAUUCAAAUAAUAGAUUUAAAAUCAAAAUCGUGACUAAUCAAUUCUAAAAAUAAAGUUUCCGAUAAUCAGAAUCAGUAUUGUAUUUAUUUUAUAAGUGCAUUAUGUCUCGAGAAACACCCAAAAGGAGGCCCCCUCUAUGGCUACAACAAGCCUUAGCCUUCGAUGAACAAGUCACCAAGAAAUUCGUUAUUUGGGGUAACAGUUGGGCCCCAUUACAUUCUUUACGGGUGCAUUAUAAAGCUUUGGAGAUAACAUGUCAUGGAAUCCCUUGGUUGGCAUUCUGGAUAGCCUUUACAUGGCUAUUCAAUCUACCUUAUUUAGUCGAACUACAAGUAAAUAUAAUUCUUGCAUUAAUCUUAGAUAUUUUAUUUGUGGCAUUGAUAAAGGCGUACUUUAGACGUCGCAGACCUUUGGCCAAUAAAAAUGACGCUUUUGCUGAAUUUGGCCCUGAUCAUUUCAGUUUUCCAUCAGGUCAUUGUAGUCGUGCAGCAAUGGUAACCAUAAUUUUUGGAUUUCUAUGGCAGGUUCCACUAAUAAUGUUUCCACCUUUACUAGCAUGGACAGUGGCACUUUGUCUUAGUAGAGUCUUAAUGGAAAGGCAUUAUCUUUUGGAUGUCAUUGGGGGUGUUGUUUUAGGUAUUAUGGAAGGCUUGUUAAUGGCUAUUUUGUGGAUUGGUGAUGAAAACGCUAGGUGGUUGAUGAAUAUUGUCAGCGACGAGAAAAUUGAAGGUGCAGACGUGUAAUAAGGAUUUUUGUGAUUUUAAAGUGAAUUUGAAGGAACACAAAUAAAGGAUAUAUGAAUCAAUUACAUUUUUCAAAUACCAUAUUGUAUAUUUUGUAUAAAGUUUAAAUCUAGGUUAAAAUCCACUGGAUAAAAAUAAAAAAUAGCAGUCUUUAAAAAUUAACAAACAAUAACGCAUUUUUUUCCCUAUAAAACUGAAAUAAACAUAUUUCACAGAAAUUACAAUUAAAAAAAAUCACAAUAAUUAAUGAGCCACAAAAGCUACAGAAUAUUUUUCCAAAAUGGUCACAUUUCCUAUCCUAUCACAGGCAUUUUUACAGCAUUGUUUAACAAUGUUAUAAAAAUAACUCUUCCAAAGCUUCUACUUUCACAAUUCCAUCUCCUUUCUUUUGGAUAAUUGAAUUUGUGUCUUCUUUCGGGUGCUUUUUUUGAUGGGAAGCCAGACUUGAUUUGGUUACAAAAUUUUUGUUGCAAAUUUUACACGAGAAUGGUUUUUCACCUAAAAUAAUUUUAUGUUUGAUGGCGUUUAUACAAAAAUAAACCACCCUCAAGUCGUGAUUACUGAUUAGCCAAUAAAGAGUCAUGAAGGGUGAUUCCAAUACUUACAUGAAAACAUUUUUAUGGCAACAACAAAAAUUCUAAAAUCCUUACCUGUAUGUUGUCUUUUAUGAUUUGCCAUAGGAGUAAAUUGAGUAAAAGUCCUUCCACAUACAUCACAACUAUAAAAAAAAUCAUCCCUGUAUUUCGAAUACAAAUAAAUAAAUUACUCACGAGUAAGGUCUUUCUCCAGUGUGCAUCCUCCUAUGACACUUCAAAGCGUCCCUCCUGGCAAAAGCUUUACCGCACAUUUCACAUACAUAAGUUUUCUCGCCCGUGUGCAUUGUGAGAUGAAUUUUUAAAUCGACGCUAGUUAAAAAGCCUUUACCGCACACCUAAAACACCAAUUUAAAAGAAAAAUCACAAAUAAAAUAAAUAUUUACUUCACAAAUAAACGAUUUUUCGCCAGUAUGUAUCCUGAAAUGAGUUUGAAGGUAACUCUUGGAAACAAAUUUCUUUUGACACACUUUACAAGAGUAUUUUCUAUUGUCUAUUCCGGCAUGGGUUUUUUCGUGGGCUUCGCG